AUGUCUCAAAUAUUCAACACCUCAAGAGACUAUAAUUAUGGUAGCAAUACGACUUGUUCGAGACCGUUUCAAGCUCCAGCGAGGGCAACUACAAGUGUCUCCAUUGCUUCUAUAACAACUACAGCAUUGGAAGAACGAAAUUUUCUUGAUGAAGAGCUUUCACUAGUUUUAAUCAAUAGUGAUUCUCAAGAAUGCAACGAAAACUUCUCCAUUUUCAUCAAAUGCAUCGUUGACAAUAUGUACAAUAACAAUGAUGCCAAACCUACCUACGAAAAGCUAUCGCUAUAUGCGUUGAAGCUUCUAACCCUGAACUUGUUUGUUAAAAAUUACAAAUUUUGCAUUGGUAAAAUAUUGGCUUUUUUGGAGACUUUUACUACAAUCACCAAUUACAGAUUGGAGUUUAGUGAAGAUGGAAGUGAUAAUGACUGGGAAGUCAACAAUAAUGUUGCUUACGAAUCCGAGUGUUUGAAGGAAUUUUUGUGCAUAACUUUACUUCUUUUACUCAAACUCAAGAACACUUCGAAUGAGGAAGAGUCCGUAGACGAUUCAAGCGAAGUGCUGAGCACAUCUUCUGCCAUAUCAAACUCAUUGGACUUAGUCAAUGUUGACGAUGUGUUCAAAAUCUUGGAACAAUGCCGCUUUGUAUUCAUCAUGUCUCAGUUCAUAUCCACCCAAGUCAAAGCAAUAGCGAAUGAGGAUUCAUCAUUUGUCAUUUUGAAAUUUGGUUGUGAUAUUGUCUUUGAGUACUUUUACUAUGUCGAAAUUUUAUCGCCAACAGAGUUUAUGGAUUUGACAUUUAAUAACAACGAGAUAAUUACCACCAUUAUAAAGCAUCUACUUUCUUCAGAGGGAUUCAACAACUAUGAUUUGGAGAGCGAUGAUGACUUCCAUAGUGAGGCUAAGCUCGUAGCUUAUGAAGAAUUGAAGCUUUUGCUAUUAUUGAAUGAGCAAUUCUUAAUGGGCUCGUAUGCUCGAAAUGAACAUUCAAAUAAAGUCUUUGAAGAAUUAAUCCACAACGAUGACAAUACAAAAAGCAAUGUAAACAAUAUUGUUGGAUUCAUUAACUUAUUAAUCUACCACUUGAACCGUGAAGAGUCGCAAAUAAUUAUAUUGUUGAUACUUAAAUUCCUUUACCUUGUUUUCACAACUUCAUUCACUGUUAAAUUGAUUUACCGCAAUGAUUUGAAAAUUUUGCUUGAUAUUUUCUUACGAGAAUUGGAUAAUUUAGAGCACAAAGACAAUAUCUUGAUUGUGACGUAUUUGCGAGUAUUGUAUCCAAUUUUAAUGUUUUCCGAACUCAAUGAGUGUAGCGGUUACAAAAGCCAGGAGCUUUAUAACGUGUUGAGCAAUAUUAUAGUCAACUCGGAGCAGAAAACAGAAGAUGCUACUGAAAGCAAGCUUAUCCUGGAAUUGGCAAUGAAGUGCAUGAAUGUUAAAUGGUUUAAAAAGUCGUUAUCUGACAACAAAACUAAACCUAAUCCCACAAAAAUGGAAAAGGAGUCGCCAGAAUUGUCCUCGCCGGAGGAUCUCAAAUCAGUUGAACACGAGUCACCACGAUUAUUCACGCGUAUAGCCUCCGUUCGCUCGUCAAAUAGAAGUGACUACCAUAAACACACAACUGCCCACAACUUUUUGGAACGGAAAAAUAGCGAAAAGCAAAAAUCUAAUCCCAAUUCUACCCAGACAUCACCUUCAAUAUUUAUGGACAAUAACAAUAAUGUGUUUCUUUCGGAGUUUUCCAAGAAGAUGACGCUCGGUGAGAUAGAUACAUCGAAUCUAACUGGUUUAAAUUUGGAUGAUCUAUCUGCCGGUAAUAACCCUGAUCAUCGUGAUACAAAUAUCUUGGAUUUACCUAAUGAAUACCUCACGUCAAAGCCAUUGCCAAAAAUUCCCCUCCCGGAAAAACGUCGGCGACAGCUUUACAAAAACGGAGCUGCGUCGUCUUCUUCGAGCUCACUAGAGUCUAAUUCGUCUAUAAAACAAAAGGCAUUGAGAAAGAAGGCUCCACCCCCGCCUCCUCCUCCUCCAAGACGCCGGAGAUAA